GUUAGACGGAGUGCUUCGCAUCCUGAAACGGGAAUCGGGAAACUUUAUGAGACGUAUUUUGAAGUUCUUUAAAAUUUCUUUGAACUGAAAAUUCUAUUUGAUAUGCAAAUAACUGGUUAUCUAAGAGAAGUUUUGUUGUUGUGUGCGAACCAUGCCAGGCGGAAAGUAUGAACAGCUGCCCAUGAAGUCUGAAGGAGACGAAGAUGUUUUCACAAGUAAACCAAAAGCAAAAUGGUCCGAGAUUUGUUUCCAAAAAAGUUUACUGUCCUUGGGGCUGAUCCUGUUGUACUUCUCGCUGUCCAUUGGGCUCACCUUCUAUCAGCGAUGGCUCUUGACGGACUUCAAGUUCCCCUUGACGGUGGUAAUGUACCACCUCAUCGUGAAAUGGGUUUUAUCAGUCUGCGUGAGGGUGGUGCUCCAGCUCAUCACAGGCACUCCUCAACUAAUACUGCCAUGUAUAACAUGCCUUAAGUCCGUCGGCCCCACUGGCUUGGCCAGCGGCAUUGAUGUGGGAUUCUCCAACUGGGGACUGGAGUUAGUUACGAUCUCCCUCUACACGAUGACGAAGUCCACGACUAUCAUCUUCAUAUUGUUCUUUGCUAUUGUGCUGGGACUUGAGAAAAAGUCGUGGUCUCUCGUGGGCAUAGUGCUGAUGAUAUCAGCGGGCCUCAUAAUGUUCACCUAUAAGGCUACGCAAUUCAACCUGCUUGGCUUCAACUUCCUGCUCAUCGCGUCCUUCGCGGCUGGUCUGCGAUGGACGUUCGCGCAACUACUGAUGCAGAAGUCAAAGCUGGGUCUCCACAACCCCGUCGACAUGGUAUUCCACGUACAGCCCUGGAUGUUUGUCUCGCUGCUGCCCUUCACCAUCAUGUUCGAAGGAUAUGCCUGCUACGACUACCUUCAGAAGCUGUCGUCGGAGAAGCUUCUGCCAACGAUUCUGAAGGUAUCAGUCGGAGCCACGAUCGCGUUUGCUAUGGAGAUCAGCGAAUUUUUAGUCGUCACCUACACGUCUAGUCUCACAUUGUCUAUCUCUGGAAUAUUCAAGGAAAUGUGCAUCCUCGUGCUCGCGGUGGAGGUAAGCGGGGACGUGCUGUCUCCGAUCAACGUGGUGGGGUUGGCGGUCUGUCUGCUGGGCAUCUGCGGCCACAUUGUGCACAAAGUUAUCUUCAUAAAGUCCGUGACUGGCACCAUCCCAGCCCUCGACGCGGACUUUAAUACCAUCCGGAGGCCACUGAAGAUAUCAGGCGAGCAUGAUAAACCUCUUCUAGAAGAUCAGACUUGGCCCGCGAGCGAGGAGAGCGAUUUCGACAGCAACGUAGUACUUUUCGAAGUACUACAGCGCCGCGACGGUAGGUAAACAGGUCCCAGGAGU